AUGAAUAAAGCUAUCAGAGUAAGGUAUUCGAGUCUUGAUGAAUCUCGAACCAAUACUAAAAGAUAUUAAACUGUUUAUACAGUCACUGAUUCAAUAAAAACUUAAGUAAACAAUCUUAAGUUCAAUCAUCAUCCUUUAAGUUAUUACAUAUCAAGAAUUUGUAAAGAUAUAAAAGAAAUGCGUAAAUAUCGUACUGAUGCUUACAUUAAAAAUUAACUUACCAAAAUCUAUGCUUAAACUAUUCAUCUAAAAGAAAUUCAUGAUGUGUUCAAAGUGCCUAUUUAAUAUAUCAACGAAGAUCUUAUUCUCUCCAGAUGCACUUUAUAAUUGAUUUCUUAAAUGCCACAUCAAUAUACUCUUCGUCCUCAAUAAUAACUUACUCAUUUUAUUUAAUGGAUGGCCUAUUUCGAUGAAUAGGUCUAUUUAGAAAUGCAGAGAAUUCAUGAAGGGUAUUUAUUUCAAAUCUAAAGAAAUAUUCAAGAUCAAUACACAACAAAUGUAAUUAAACAAUAAUAAAUUAAACAUCAAAUACAUCCUAGAAAAAAAGAUAUGUAUAAUUAUGUGAAUAGACUCAUAACGAAGCCAUCUUUUAGAACUAUGAGUAGAAUAUCUGUCUUGGAGAAUUAUGAGACUAAAUUUGGUGAAUUUUAAUUAAUUACACCAUAUGCUCGAAGUUAUGCUAAACAGUUAGAUACUAUUUCUUAAAAUCUCAACACAAUUGAAUGA